AUGUGGUAUAAAGGUAUAAAACCUAAUAUUGAACAGAGACUAAAUGACCAAUAUCUGACUGAUAAUGACCAGAUUGUUAUGGAUGUCAAUAUAGAUGGAAUACCUCUUUAUAAGGAUUCUAGAAAACAGUUUUGGCCAAUACUUGGAAGAUUUGUGCAUGAAAAGCAUCUAUUUAUCAUUGGUGUUUUUUAUGGUACAGGAAAACCAAGUGAUUUAGAAGCUUAUCUUAAAUAUAUUAUUGAAGUUAGAGAGCUUACAGAGAAUGGUUUAAAACGCAAUGGCACAGUAUUUCCAUUUUGUAUUAGAAACUAUAUUCUGGAUGCACCUGCUCGUAGCUUUGUAAAGCAGUGCGUGCCACAUAAUUCUCACUUUGCAUGUGAGAAAUGCAUAGUAAAAGGCGAAUGGUUUCACAAUAGGAUAAUAUUUGAAAAUGUGGACUGUGAACUGCGAACGGAUGAAAGUUUCCAAAGAAAAGAGAAUCCACUUCAUCAUAUGGGGGUUAUAAAAAAAACGCUUAAGUCAAACUACAAACCACUUCAGCAACUAGUCAAACGUGACUCAGAGACAGGAGGUAUAUUGACUGAAGAUAUUUUACCCAACUCAAAUCGACCUAUCCUAAGGAACAAUCAUGAAAUAUGGCCAGAAAUGUUUCAGGGUAACCAGUACACAGAAUUUGCCGUGGUAAGAUUUAGAGGAGGAGAAGAGUCUGUAGAAGUAGUACCCACGUCAUGGAUUUGUGAGGAUAAAGGAUCAUGUAAAUGGCCACCCAAGAAUUUAAAUAAUGACAAGAUUACGAGACUUAUCAUGAGUUUAUCAAAGCCAACCCCUGAAUUUGACAUAUAUCCAGCGACAGUAAUGCAUGAGUAUGAUAAAUACCAAAAUGCUCGUAAAGCAUCAAAGGUAGCUGAAGAUUUCAGUGAUCUUGAUACUGCAGCAGGAGAAACUGACUUGAAAGGACCUAGGAAAAAACGAAAGACCAAAUAUUUGUACGAUUCAGAGGAAUCUUAUGAUGAAUCUCCACAGAUAAAGAAGAAAAGAACCAACAAAACUAAACAUGUUAGCAGUGAUGAAGAGAAUGAAAUAUUAAACUCCGAGAAAAUGAAAAAGUCAGUUAGAGUUCUUCUAAACGACACAAAAUAUAACCCAAAAGGAAACCUCGAAAAAUCCUCUUGCCACACGAAAGCCUCCACAAGUAAAACAAGUUCCUUUACAUCAUUCAGUGAACGUGACAAUAUGUCAUCGAUAGGUACUGAUGUCACACAAACCAUCUUUCAUUUGUCUGGGAAUGAAUGUAGUACUGUAAAAUUUGGAACGGAAAAUACAUUGCAUGAUAAUUCAAAUAUUGUUGACUUACUUUCUGUAAAUGAGAAAAAUGUGGGUGUAAGUAAGAAAGAAUCUUCCAAUAGAACGCCGUUGAGAACAUUGCAAGAUGUUGACAGCGGUAUUUCUGAUAAAACAUGUCCAACAAUUGAUUGUAACAAGUGUGAAAUAUUACUCAAAACUAUAAUAGAGCAGAUUGAGGAAAUAAAUGGAAAAUUUGAUUAUGUAUGCAUGUCCCUUGCAAGAGUGCAUAGAAAAUUAACACCUGAAGAUUCAGUGUCCAUUAAGCCAAAAGAUUUGCCUAUAUUGCCUCUUAAGGAUGAAGAGGCCUUUUAUGCUUUUGACAACUUCCUUAAAAAUGACGACAAUUUUCUUUCAACAGUUGAUUAUUUUGUUGUCUUGAUGUCAACGGGAAAAAAUGAGGAGGUACCUAUAGGAAAGUUGCUUUCAAAAAUAUUCUCCAAUUCAUUGGCUAGAAUUAUUAAUUAUUCAGAUUCAGGAUCAGUGAAAAUAAAACUACAAGGCACAAACAUUCUUACAGUGCUGUUGUGA